AUGGCAGCUAAACCUUUAAAGCCUUCUGGAAGAAGGGGAUCUGAACCAAGUCUUGAGGAAAUAUUGAAAGAACAAUUAAAACUUUCUGAAGAUAGGCAAAAAGAGAUGAUGGAGAAUUUUAAUGCAAAAAUAAGAGAAGAUAUUCUCAUGGCAGUUCAAGGACUGAGUAAAAAAAUUGAGGGAUUGGAAGUGGAAAUGCAACAGAUCUCUCAGUCAAAUAAGCAUUUAGAAGACAAAAUGAAAGAAGAGCGAGGAGAAGACUUAAGAAAAAUUAUAUCAGAAGCAUUGGCUGAAUUUAUUGAAGUGGAACCCCAAGAGGUAGCUUACCAAAUUGAUAAAAUAUAUAGAGUUAAUUCCUGGAUUGCAAGACAGAGAAAGCUUCCUCGGGACAUUGUGGUUUAUUUUGUGAAAAGGACUAUGAGAAAUCAGAUUCUGCAAGUUUCAUAUCAGACAACUUUAAAAAUUGGAGAACAGGAGCUGAAGGUGUUGAAAGAGAUUCCUUCAAAGAUGUUAAGAGAUAGGAAGGAAUUUGCUUUUUUUACACAAGAACUUAAAAAACAUCAGAUUCAAUUCAGAUGGGAGGUGCCAGUUGGACUGACAGUAUUCUAUCAAGGAAGGAGAUAUAGAAUUGAUACUGUUUUAAAGGCAAAGGAUUUUCUUUCUACAGUUUUGAAAGUCGAAAUAGAAGUGAUAGAAAAACUUCAAGAGAUUCAAGAAGGCGUGGUGAUCCAAGAGCCUUCAUUGCUGCCAGUAUUAGAGGAACCACAAGAGCAAAGGGUGACAAGAGGAGCUCUUAAGCGUAAAGAAGAGCAACAGUCUCAAAGUAAAAGUCAGGAUCCCAGUAUGGAAGCCGUGGGAGGAGCUAGACGGAAGAUACCGGAGGAGGAGCUUCUGUUGUCUGCUUCAAAGCUUCAGGAGGCCAGUAAUGGCAAAUAGAAUUUUGUCAUGGAAUGUUAAUGGCUUGAACUCAGCUCAGAAAAGAAGGAAAAUAUUUCACUACUUGAAACAAUUUAAAAAUGAUGUGAUUUGUUUGCAAGA